CGCCGGCGCGCGGCUCCCGGGCGGACAACUUCGGAGGAGGCGAUCGGCGCCGGGUCCCUGCAGCGCGGAGCGGGCAGCGCUGGCCACGGCGGCGGCAAUGACUCCCUGGCUCGGGCUCGUCGUGCUCCUGGCUGGCUGGAGCCUGGGGCACUGGGGUGCCGAGGCGUGCACGUGCUCGCCCAGCCACCCCCAGGACGCCUUCUGCAACUCCGACAUCGUGAUCCGGGCCAAGGUGGUGGGGAAGAAGCUGGUGAAGGAAGGGCCCUUUGGCACACUGGUCUACACCAUCAAGCAGAUGAAGAUGUACCGGGGCUUCACCAAGAUGCCCCAUGUGCAGUACAUCCACACAGAAGCCUCCGAAAGUCUCUGUGGCCUUAAGCUGGAGGUCAACAAGUACCAGUACCUGCUGACAGGCCGUGUCUACGAUGGCAAGGUGUACACUGGGCUGUGCAACUUCGUGGAGCGGUGGGACCAGCUCACUCUCUCUCAGCGCAAGGGGCUGAACUAUCGCUACCACUUGGGCUGCAACUGCAAGAUCAAGUCCUGCUAUUACCUGCCUUGCUUUGUAACCUCCAAGAACGAGUGUCUCUGGACCGACAUGCUCUCCAAUUUCGGUUACCCUGGCUACCAGUCCAAACACUAUGCCUGCAUCCGGCAGAAGGGUGGUUACUGCAGCUGGUACCGAGGAUGGGCCCCCCCGGACAAGAGCAUCAUCAAUGCCACAGACCCCUGAGCCCAGAACCUGCCCUGUCUCACCUCUCUCCCUUCCCGCUGAGCAUCCCUUGGACACUAACUCUUCCCAGAUGAUGACAGUGAAAUUAGUGCCUGUUUUCUUGCAAAUUUAGCACUUGGAACACUUAAAGAAAAGCCUAUGUUGAUUAUGGAAUUGAUUUGGAGCUAUCUUCCCGGUCCCCCCCACCCCCACAUACACACACCUCCUACUCCAUACCCCCUAACCCUUUCUUUUUGGUUUUGACAUUAUCCAUUUUCACCUGGGAAUUUCUGGUGCCAUACCAGAAGGAAUGAGGAAUGUAUACUCCCUUUCUUCAUGAUAUAUAAUCUAUAUUUUUUUAGGAAAACAAAAAUCGAAAAAUCUAACCCAUUUGGGCAUUGUAAUCACUACUCUUCCUUCUUCUUCCCCAUUUGGCCAUCUCCCCAGACCUCCCUCCAUCCCUCACCUUUCUCCUGCACCCGAGUACACAAAGGUCAUAGAUGAGGAAGUUGCCAGAAGGCCAAACUGUUUCUGGAUCAGUCAGGAGCAGGCACCCAGCAGAUAGGCUUGAGGUACGCAGAAGGUCUUAUUUGCAGAGGAGAUGCGAUUGCAUAUCCUGACCAGACUGUCUGUCUAUGUGCAACAGAGCGAGGCGAGCAAAGGAACAGACAGUGGGAGUAGGUCUCAAAAGACAUGCACAGUUCCUCCAGCCCCGUGAGGCUUGAGUUGGCCAGAUGUUUCUGAGUCUAGAGCAAAGUAGCCUGGCCAGAGCUUUCUGUGUUGAUAAAGACUUAAACAUCUGCCUGAGAUCAGCAGGCAACUUGCCUGUCUGUUCAAAAACUCAGGUGAAGGGCUAAGACAAAUCUCUCUCCUCUCCCUGCCUCCCAUAAGACAUUGUGGUCCUUGGGAAAGCUGCUGGGGGAGGUUUGGCUGGGAGUUUGCCUGUAUGUAAAUUGGAGAAAUGCACAUACUGUACACUAUCCACAGAUAUAGCCAAGUAGAUCUGGGUAGCAAAUACUUUUUUUUUUUUCCCAAGGUAGCAUUUAGCUCAUCUAGGGGGAAUGUGUUUGUAUACACAUUUGCAUAUACCCACACGAGGAUAUAAGCUAAUUUUUUUUUUUUACAGGACACAGAAUUCUAUUCAAUACUGUUAAAUAUGCCAAUAGUUUAAUUGCUUCUCUUUUGCUGUUGUUGCUUGUUUGAAGAAAAUCAUGACAUUCCAAGUUGACUUUUUUUUUCAUUUUAAUUAAAAUUUGAAAUUCUGAACACCCUCUUUUUCCCUAUAACUGGGGUCAUCUGACCUCUAGCCUUUUCUUUUCCUCUUGCUUCCUGUUUGGGGGAGGGUCUUCACUUCACUGCCUUACUGUCUGGCAGGUGGCAGGUGGUCAGAGGUCUUCACACAAAGACGGACAGCCAAGUGUCCUGCCUUGGCUCGAUGGCCACCUCUCCUGGGCUUGGGGACAGUCUGCUGUCCUCCUCCAGUUCAUUGGUGGGUAACUGCCACCUCCUGGGGUCCUCAGUUCAUGGAAUUACUAUGGGAGGUCCCUGGGGAAGCCUGGCUGUGCCAUCAGCUGUAGGGUUUUUGUUGUAUUUUUUUGGAAAUAAAACUAUAAUAUAAAUUCUCCUAUUAAAUAAAAUUAUUUUAAGUUUUAGUGUCAAAUGUGAGCUGUGGAGAGUAGGGGAUCACGUGUAUUUUACAGAGUUGUGGGGGGUGACAGGAUGGCGACAUUGAAGGUGAUGACUGUCUCUUUUUUGUUUUUGUUUUUUUUUUCCUUCAGAUUAUGGGUAUUUAUCCUCUAUUAGUAUUUGUAUCUUCAAUUCAUUCCACUUUAGGAAACAGAGCUACCAACUGAAACAAGAGUAGGGGAGAAGAAAAGGCAGACAACAAGAUGUAGUAUGUCUCUCACACACAAUGUCCAGGCAAGAGGUUUGGCAGGACCCCACAGCAGGAAGACAGUGUAGGGGUUGGGUUUCCUUGCGAUCGACUUCACUACUGUGCAACUGUCUCCUGUGCUCCCGCCGUUUGGCAAAGGAGGAUGGGAGGUGUGGCCUUCUCCAUGAAGCUGUAGAAGCGGAGGAGUUGAGGCCAGCAAGCCAAUGCUUCUAAGAUAUUUGGUGUUCCUCAGACUUGGUGUUUAGGACGAUCACGAUUUCAAUCCCAAAAGUUUUGCAAGGUGGAGCUCAAGCUCCUAGUCCAACCUACAUGAACGCCUUCUGCCAGUGCCCCCAGAGUGUCUUCAGCCAGGCAAUUGGCCCUUCUUGGUCCCUGGUGUGGUCACCCCCACUCCCACGAAGGGGGACUCAGGGUAAGGCCUGAACACGAGACCCCUGAAGUUUCUCUGCAGCGUAAAUCAACUGGCAGAACCAUAGCCCCACCAGCAAGGCCCUGAGAGGAUGUCCCGGGCUACAAAAGGUCUUUUGCAAAUUGCUAUGGUCAGAGGGUGGUUUGGAGCUUUCUAUAAGCUAUAGCGUUGUUUAUUUCCUCUGUUCAUUUACUGUAUAAUGUAAAGUCAUUUCUGUAGCCGAGACACCUCUGUAUUUCAACCCUAUCGUGAAUGUUUUAUUUUGCUAAAUCUUAUGUCAUGUGUAGGCUGUAAUAUGUGUACAGUGUGUCUGAAAAAGUAAGAAAGAAAAAGAAACCCACAUGCCACCAUUUUCCUGAAUCAAAUUCUACAGUGGAAUAGACAGUAAAGUACUUCUAUGCGGGCAGGCAGCUAGGCUGGCAAAUUGGGGAGUUAGAACUCACAAAGAAGCCUCCUUCCUAUCUGAAUCCCAUGGGUUCCCUGAGUAGAAAGGAGAGAGGGGGAAAAUAAAGAACAUACUCAUGUCCUUGCUUUGUAUCACGUAUAGUCCUGGGCCAUCCUCCACCAUCAACCCUUGUCCCCUCUCCCUCUCCAAGUCCUUUAACCCACUCAUUUGAGAAGCCAUAUUUUUGCCCCAGAGUCCAGGCCCUUGGAAACUCUUUGAUUUCAAGUUCUUUUCUGCGUUCUCUGGGCAUCAGUUCUGCUUUCCCAUCAAGGGAACUCUAUGUCCAGGCUCUUCUCUCCCAGACCAGCGCUCUGCUAUGGGAACUCCCCUGAUCUUUACCCCUCUCAAGCAAUCUCUGCCUUGCCUUAUGAUGACUGAAUGAAUGACAGCCCAGGAUAUCUCCAUUUCCCCUGUCAAUCAUUCUUUAACCACAAAGGAAACACGUGACUUUUUUGAAAUAGCUCUGUCUAGGAGAUACUGUGGCCUCCCCAGGAGAGAAUGCUUAUCCCUUUCCUGCACCAGCCUUUUCAUGUUGGGCAUGAUAACGAUGUAGAUUAUCCCCCCCCCCCCCCACCCAAGAUGGCACCCAAGUGUUUGGCUCCUGGCUGCCUAAAGUUUUUUUUUAAAAAUCUCUAGGUUAUUGGUAUUUGAGAGAAACACUAUUCAAAAAAAUAAUCUAAUGGCAAAAGCACAACAAAAUGGGACAUGGUAGGGGAAAUGGCUCUCAACAGCCCCCCUGUUGGAUCUUUGGGGGUUAGAAGAGGGAAGGAACUUAGCGAUGCUUUUGCUCUGAGGCAGGGGGCUUCUUAGAUUCUCCCAUGCUCCACCUUUCCCUUUACCCAGUCUGCUGUGUGGAAACCCGGAAGUGAUGGAGAGAAACCAACCAGAGAAAACCCUGUCUGGAAGGAAUGUAUUUGUUGCUAAAUUUUGUAGCACUGUUUACAGUUUUCCUCCAUGUUAUUUAUGAAUUUUAUAUUCCGUGAAUGUAUAUUGUCUUGUAAUGUUGCAUAAUGUUCACUUUUUAUAGUGUGUCCUUUAUUCUAAGCAGUAAAGUGGUUUUAUUUCUAUCACACAA